CGGGCUUUCCCAAACGUUAUCUUCUCUAUUUGUCGUUCUCUUCUUCUGUUUUAUCUGAACCAAAAAUAGCAACGACAAACCUCUUCAGUCCAUACACGAUGGGCAAAUUCAACUUCUCACACAGGUGGUGGUGCUUGCGCCUCUGAUGAGAUGCCGAGCCUUGAACGGAGUGCCGCAGCCGGCGUUGGCUGAGUAUUACAGGCAGCGGUCGACGGAGGGAGGCCUUCUCAUUACAGAAGCCACCACCAUCUCUCAAGAGGGAAUUGGGUUUCCACAUGUUCCUGGAAUUUACACCGAAGAACAAAUCGAAGCAUGGAGGAAAGUGGUGGAUGCUGUUCAUGCCAAGGGCGGUCUAAUCUUCUGUCAAUUGUGGCACGCGGGUCGGGCAUCCCAUAAAAUAUAUCAGCCUGGUGGGGGUGCACCAAUUUCGUCAACCAACAGGUCCAUAUCGGAGAAUUGGAAAGUAUUCAUGCUUGAUGGAACCCAAGACAAUUUCUCCAAACCUCGAGCCUUGGAUACAUGUGAAAUUCCGAAGGUUGUCGAGCAAUUUCGUCAGGCAGCAAUCAACUCCAUCCGAGCAGAUUUUGAUGGGAUCGAGCUCCAUGCAGCACAUGGCUAUCUCAUUGAUCAAUUCCUGAAGGAUGCAAUCAACAAUAGAACUGAUGAAUAUGGCAGUUCAGUUGAGAAUAGAUGCAGAUUCUUGAUGGAGAUCGUUCGAGCAGGAGUUGCAGCUAUUGGCAAUGAUCGAGUUGCAAUUAGAAUUUCGCCUAUAUCCAAUUAUAUCGAUGCCAUGGAUUCUGAUCUACUCAACCUAGGACUCAUGGUGAUCGAACAACUUAACACGUUCCAAGCUGAUAUGGGAUUGAAACUCGCUUAUCUCCAUGUAACUCAAUUGCGAGUCAUGCCAUAUCUUGAAUAAAUUGGUACAAAAGAUGAAGAUGCCAAGUUCAUGCGGACUCUAAGAAGAGCUUAUCAAGGUACAUUUAUGUUAGCCGGCGGGUCCACUCGAGAGCUAGGGAUGAGGGCCGUGACUAACGGUGAUGUGGAUUUGAUAUCGUACGGUCGAACUUUCAUUUCUAAUCUUGAUGUAGUAUAUAGGUUCAAGAUUAAUGCACCAUUAAAUGAUUACGUUCGAGAGACCUUUUAUACUCAUGACCCUGUUGUUGGAUACACAGACUAUCCUUUCCUUAACCAAGAAAGUAAUGGCGAGGACUCUCAUAUGACAAAAGUGUGUUCUUGAGAGAACUAGAUCUGUAUUAAGCGUUUGAAUGAGGGGUAAAAGUACUUGGUGUAUCCGACGGAUGCU